AUGCAAAAAAAGUAAAAUUUGGCAGGUGUUCAACGUUCACCCAGUCCAGUGCAAAGGGAUGUGCUUCAAAAUUACAUUAGUAAUUCCGCUCGGAUAGUGAAUAAUCCUAUCGCAUGCGAAGCGACCACAGUACGCGAGCAUACCUAUAUUGAAGCGAUACCAAAAAAGUUUAAUCGAAAACAACUUUGACGGCAAUAAAAAAUACCUAUCUUGCGUGAGUUCGAUCGGAAAGCAAAGUGGAAAUGCGAGUGUAGCGAAAACGCAAUAAAAAGAGAUGACGCGUUAGAAAAUCCCAGAUUCUGUCCGUGCCACCGCUCGAGGAUAUAUUCUGUGCUUCUCUAUCAGCAGCUCCUUGCUGCGUAUGUGUUGUCAAAAAGCAGCAUUAUGUAAUUUCGACCCAGUCGGCAAAAUAGUGCGUUCAUAACUGUGAAUCGGAUUGAGACCCUGGAAUCAGGCCAAUGCAGUGGCGUUUCAAGCAAAACGCAAGAUUGACCAUCAUUGAGGUGAUUUUACAUUCAAGCUAACAGCAGCGGAGACAACAGACGGGAUUUGCAAACACGAUCUCUUACUAAAUGGACCAUUAUGAUGGGGAAGUAUUCUCUGCUUUGUGAGUCAAUGAAAUUUGAUUGAAGUCGUUGUAUAUGGUGUGCUUGAUGAAAGAAGUUAUAUAUUAGCAAUAUUUUAUAACACAAUCUGUGAAGAAAAAUGAUUCAAAAAGUGUUCGUGGUCUAAAAAAAGAUUGCAGAAAAGUGAAGCUUUGUAUAGAAUGCCGCGAAAGAAUACCGAAAGGAUUCGUCGAGAUAAUGGAAAUUGCUGUGGGCCUCCAUUCAAUGAAGAAGCAAACGAGAAGAAACAGUUACAGCAGCAGUAAUUGGAAUCAUAUGCGGCGGCCUUGACAACCAGCGAGUUUGUAUCGAAAAUAUAAACAUUACUAAGUGCCUCUAAAACUGACGGACACUCAAAGUGCAAAUACAAGAAAGGGAUAAGUGUGCCAAAUAGUGUAGACGGAAAGCGCACAUAGCGAAAUCAGAUGACGACGUCAUCAAACAUUGAUUCGCACUUUUCACCGGGUAGUGGCAGUGCGGCGGGUGGUGGUAAUGGAUCCGGUCAAACUGCUCAAUACCCUUACCAACAACAGCAGCAGCAUCAUCUGCCGUCGCACCACCACAGUCAAACCAAUCACCAACACCUCCAGCAAGCGGCACAACAAUCGUUUCCGGUGGUGUCGCCGCCCGGUGGAAAUGCCAUGGCAACGUCGUUUAUCAACGGAAAACUGCCGACAAUGCCGAUGGCACCAGUAACUGGGCCGGCGGCCGGACGCACGAUUUCACGCCAAAAGCCAACAGUGGGCCGGGAAGCCGAAGGGAAAGCGAGCACGCUACCGUCGAGGGUUUCUCAGGUGUACUACAAGCAUGGUUUGUUCCUGUCCAGUUAUCCGACCUGUGCUACCAGCAUUGCGGUUGCUGUCAUCAUUUUUUGCUGUUAUCCUCUGUUGAACAUCCCACUUCCGGGAACUAUCCCGACCAAGGUGAUAUUUCCAUACACUGAACAAAAUGGCCAUAAUAUACAGCACACGAAUGUCAACGCCAGCGAGUCCAGCCCAUCGGAAUUGUACAAUCCGUUCAACUUCAACGGGAACAACUUUUUCAACAUCUACAACCUCAGCUUGGAACCGCCAUUCCCGUGGGCAAGAAUCGACCCGUUGCUGUACGUGCAGCAGAUCAUUAUGCGAUCCAGCGUGGCCCCGUGGGAGGAUGGUUUGCAGCUAACGGAUGCGUUUCGUGGCCCGCUGUACGAGGUGUUCAAACUGAUUGAGAUUAUUCGCAAUCACGAGGACGAAAGCAAAACAACGUUGAGUCACCUGUGUUUGCAUGUGGAGAAUGUAAAGCGUGCUUCGCAACAAAUGCUGUUUCCCGAAUACAACUGUUUGCUUCUAUCGCCGGCAAAUUUGUGGCAGCAAAAUAUCCAAAGUUUCAACAGAGAUAGCAGUUUGCUGAAUACGAUUUUUGUACAUCAUAAUUUACAAAAAUCCAAGGUAUCCACGUCGGAAAUGCUGUUUGGGAUCACCCUCCGGGAUACCGGAGUCAAGCGUUAUCCCAUGCGAGUUCGUUCGAGGAUCAUUCAGUAUGCCGUAACGUUGAUCUUACGUGAGAACAAUCCCGCCUAUAUCAACUCGCUGAAGGAGAAGCUCACCAAAGCAUAUCCGCUUCAUCAGCCGGUUUCGUCGGAACCAGAAGCACCCCAACCGAAGUUACAAAGCUCGCGAGAACAGUCGUCCAUUAUGUACAUCUUUUAUCCGGGAGAGUUCGACUGGAAGGAGUUUCUACCGCAGUGCAUAGCGAUUGUGAUGUUGUUUCUGUACGUGUAUUUCUCGGUGCGGAAGAUUGAGGCGAUUCGAUCAAGACUGGUACUGGCAUCCAGUGCUGUCAUGACCGUGCUGGGCAGUCUGCUCAUGUCUCUGGGAAUGUGCUUUUUCUUUGGUCUGACCAUCAGCUUACAGUCCAAGGGUGUUUAUCCAUACUUGGUGAUUUUGGUGGGACUCGAGAAUGCGUUGGUUAUUACAAAAAGUGUUUUAACUACGGAUAGCAACCUGGACGUCAAGAUUCGUUUGGCGCAAGGCCUUUCUCGGGAGGGUUGGUCCAUCACGAAGAAUCUGCUGACGGAGAUAACGAUUCUAACGGCUGGUUUGUGCACGUUCGUUCCAGUAAUUCAGGAGUUUUGCAUCUUUGCCAUCGUUGGAUUGGUGUCGGAUUUCUUUCUGCAGAUUAUGUUCUUUUCCACGGUCCUGGCGUUGGAUAUUAAGCGGGUCGAGUAUAGUGCAGAGGUUCGGCAGUUACCGAAAAUGUUGUAUUACAAUAGCGACGUAAGAAGGAACGUGAUGGAAGCUAGUAGGAAUGGAGGGAUUAGUCGAUCUAUGUCCCAUCCAAAGUUGUCCGUAAUGGAUCAAGCUUGUAGCAACAAAAAGAACAGUUUGACCACUUCUGGAAACGGCAAGGACAAAAAGAUACCAAAGCGAUUGAGAAUAGUUAAUUUUUGGGCACGCACGCGUUUCUUUCAAAGAGGCUUCAUGAUCUGGAUGGUGUUAUGGAUAUCAAACAUCAUCUACAAUUCAGGGUUGAUUGAGUUUUUGAUUGAUAAAAACCUCUCGGCGCAACGUGUCGCUAGUGAAGCCAGCAAAAUAGACAUUCCAAUGAACGACAUGCAUGAUCUCCGGUCGGCUGAAGCUGGCCAUAUUACUUAUAAUCAUUUCUCUGAAGGAGAUAUUCCCGGAGGCAAUGAACGUGUUUUGAACAUAACGGAGCAACUAAAUCGUCUCGAACAUCCAGACUACGAAACGGUCUACCAUUUAUCAAAUUUUCAUUGGUCAUCGAUUCUCAAGCAGUACAACAUAUCUUUGUCUGGUAGGUACGUAACUGUGUUACCAUCCAUCAAAUUGUCUCAUGCGGUAAGUCCACAAGUCGCCUUAAAAUUGCGAAACCCAGAUGAAAAAGCACCACAUCACUUUCAAUGGAAGGCACUGGCAGCUGCUUUAGAUCCAUUGGAUCUUAGCGAUGUGGACAGUGGUGAUACUCCGAGCAUGAGUACCACCAAUGCUCCAUUUUAUCCAAAAACACCCAUGGAGAUCCUUCUGAGCUGCAUGCUUAUUGCGGUAAGCAUUUUUGUGGUCGCCUACACUCUUAUCAUGCUGUACCGUUGCCUGUGUACUCGAAAUUAUGCCGAAUGGCGAACAAGUUGGACUGAAAGUGAAACCGAAGAACCAAAGCAAGAACAGCGCAUUCUCGAGGGUGUCCCGAUUCAGGUUAACGGACAUAAGCAUCGCAUCGAAUGUUUGGUGACGGAUGGCAAUAUGAUUGCUAGCUCGUGCCUGCAGGGGCAGGUCAAAAUCUGGGACGUGACCAACGGGGAGCUAAUGGCUGAAAUUCACCGUAUCAGUAACUUGGAUAUGCAGCGCAAAGAGAGCCAAGGGUCUCCCAAUGGAUCCGUCAUUGUAAAAAGUGAGCCAACCAGUUCAAAUAUCACCGGAGUUCAGGAAAUCUUCCCUGAGAAAUCUCCCACCAGUUUCGCAUUUAAGUUGAAGAAGAAACUCCAGUUUAAUUUCGCUAGUCAAAACCGGCAGGACCAAUCAACUAACGCCGGACUGUUGGACUUUGCUACCCAGUAUGAUCGUCAUUUUACCAGUGAUCACAGCGCGCAGCAAACUAAACGCCUCAGCAAUGGCGGGCUAGGGGCGGUAGAUCUAAGGAAUCGCUUCCUCUCGAACAAUUCUUCCCAGUACUACGAAGCGGCGGUCGACCAAUCUAGGAGCAAUCGAUCGCCUCCUCCUGCCAAUUCAUCAAGCUUUCGUCGGUCGCCCAGCGGGGAAGAUGAAACGCAAAGAAGUCCCUCCGAUGGACCGCCGGGGGGCGGAGUGGGAGGAGCUGGCGCAACGGUGCGCAAGAAAAUCUAUCAGCCAUCGCCGAUCUGGUGUUUGGACUUUUUGGAUAAUCUCAUAGUGAUUGGGUGUGCAGAUGGACGGUUGGAGUUUUGGGAGGGGACGACUGGUAAUUUUAAGUGUAUUUAUGAGACAGAACAUACUUUAAAUAACGGGGUAACCAACAUCAAACUAACUGGGGACAAAGUAAUCGCGGCUCGUCUCAGUGGCCGUAUCGAUUUUCUGAGGUUAGAAACGUACACCCAGGGUCGCCAGAUCGACUGGGGAUUUACGUCAGCCUAUCGAAGAACUCACGUGCGAACGGGUUCGGCCGGAAAUUUAGGAAUGUUCCACAUAGGAGGUCCGACGCCAGCGAAUCCGUCCAAUGUAGCUGCCGCUGCGCACUCCGAGGAGGAACUUCGCUGCAUUCUGGAGUAUCACCAGCAGGGACAUCGGAUGCCGGUAACGUGUCUAGAAGUAGCAGGUGGCACCGUCAUGACCGGAAGUCAGGAUCACACGGUGAAAGUGUUCCGUCUCGAUAGCCACAUGUUGCAGUAUACACUGCAUGGGCAUUGUGGGCCUAUAUCUUGCUUGUUCAUCGAUCAAUGGCAAGCAGGAAUGGGAGCAUCGGGUUGUCAGGAUGGCUUCUUGUGUGUGUGGGAUUUGAUAAGAGGCGCCUGUAUGUACAAAAUUGAGGCACACGAUGAUUCAGUAGUGGCACUCGCUUGCUCUCCCAGUUACGUGAUAUCGCUUGGGUUAGAUGAGCGAAUACGGGUUUGGGAUCGUUUCCAGGGUCAACCGCUGACAACGAUGACCGUGACGCAUGUCUACUCGUCCCUGGUUAUGUUGACACCGUCGCUUCUCGUGACGGGAAAGCCAGGCUCGUUGAUCGUUUGGGACGUGCGCACGGGCGAUAUUGUCCGGGAGGUUAAACUGGAUUGCUCCAACUCGCAGCUCAGCCCGAAGAUUAUGCUACCGGCAUGCGGUUCGGUGAUCUGCGAUUACGGAAACCAAAUGAGAAUUGUUCGUUUUCCUCUGGUAGCUGCGGACAAGUGUGAUUAAAUCACCCAUUAUCAAAUCACAAGACUUAUAAAAUACACAAACAUGAACUAAAGACAGAAUAUUACAACAAAGUAACAAUACCUAACUCAGAGCGAAGGUAAAAUCAACAAAUGCAACUAAAGAGAUAUCAAAUACAAGUAGGUUUCAUUCAUAAGAUCCCCCUAGUAGUAAAAACAACAGGAACACAUAAUUUAUUAAGUCGUUAAAGUCGCGAUAGGUUUUAGUUGAUACAAAUAUUUAUUUGUUGCGUCUAGAUUUCGUUGUUAAAACUGAGUUCGCUCAAACUUACGAUUCCAUAAUAGGACAAGUAAUAGCAAUCGUGCAGCUCUCUAAGGCAGUGAAAUUUUGUUUUUAGUAAAUUAUAAUUUUUUAACUACAGAACGCGCUGAAUUUCGAGAUUAAACUGUUCGAUUAACCGAGUCCAUAAAGAAGAACGAGAAGUGAUUAAACCUAUUGUAGGGUAGGGCCUUUACAGUUAAAUCACAUAAGCACUCAAGGAAAUGUUAACAUUUAUAUGUACAUAGAUUACAACAAUCAAUUCACCUAUAAUUAGAUCGUAGGGUUAAUGCAAGAUUGCAUUAGAAUGAAACAAUUUCACAUACACACAUUUUGUCGAUACCUGCAACUAUGGAAUGAGAGGGCCUUGAAUAGAAACGAAAAAGGAAUACAAAACAUAACCAUUGAUUAAAUGUCGGUUCAAGCAAGCCGGAUAAAGUUGUCUAAAUACAAUAAA